AAGUAGUCAAAUCAGUCCAGUCAUCAUGAGAAAGCCCAUUUACUCCUUGUCACGAAAACUUGGACGCAUGUCCUGGAACAAAUACAACUUGUUCAACAUUGCCCAAAAGGAACUUCCCUACCUUACCACCAAAACUCUUUUCCAGCAGAAAUGGCUUGCUAAGAGAGAAACUCGUGCUUACCACGGAGACGAAGUUACCGAACGUCAAUUCAAGAGCAAAUUCUUUGAUGCAAAGUUGCCCACCAUCAAUGUCGCUUCUCAGACUGUUCCCCACGCCCCUGUAGCCGUAUUGACUUUUGCCGAGUUGGAGAGACGUCUGGACUUUGUUGUUUUCCGAUCCAACUUCUGUCCCUCUGUCUACGCAGCCCGUCAAUUGUGCGUUCACGGCAAAGUUAAGGUUAACGGAAAAAAGUUGGCUUUCCCUUCGCAUAAGCUCAAGGACGGCGAUGUGAUUACUGUCGACCCUCACGCUAUUCAGAUGCUCAAGGGUGAAAAGGGAACCGAAUUGAACUUUGAACCCAAGCCCUUUUCUCAGCCAUUCUUGUUUGUACCUGAAUAUCUCGAGGUCAACUACAACACCUGUCAGACAGUCUUUUUACGGUCACCAAUUUCCCGCCCCGGUCGCUCCGAAAUUCCUUCGCCAUUCCCCCCAGAGAUGCACUCCUUGGCAUACGAGUACUAUGCUAGAAACAAGUAAAAUUCCAACAAAAGCAGACGCAAACGCUAACGUAAACGCACAUGCAUACGCAAAUAUACACAAAUACACAUAUACGUAUACGUAUAUGCAUACGAACACGCA